AUGCCCAUCUUGAAUCUCGCAUCGAUAUCGCUCACAGACUUACUAGCCCUCCUUUCUACCAAUCGUCGUUCGGUGAGUAUGUGGAGUUUGAAACAUGGUUCUCGAGGCAGCGUCGGUGAAUACUCGAAGGUGGGAGAAUUUCUCAAAAUAGAACCAACUGAAGACGAACCCGAGAUCCGGAAUCGAGGAAUCCCAUUCUUGAAUGAAUUGUCCGUCGCUGGAAAUGCGGCAUUGUACUUUCGGGCCUCGACUCACCGCGGCUCUGUACGAUUAGCUAUUGUCGACUGUCCAAGGAGGAAAGAGGCUCAAAGGAUCAUUUAA